GGCCGCGGCUCAGCGCCCGCCCCUCUCCCACGCCAGGUGCCCGCGCCGCGCCGGGCGGCGGCGGAGGCGGCAUGGGGCCCCUGCGGGACAGCGGCAAGGAGCAGAAGGCGCAGCCGGAGAAGGAGGUGUCCCGCAGCCGCAUCCCCCGCCUCGUCCUGCGGCCGCUGCCGCCGCAGCAGCAGAAGGUGUCGCCCGCCUCCGAGUCGCCCUUCUCGGAGGAGGAGAGCAGGGAGUUCAACCCGCCCAGCUCCUCGGGGGGCUCCGCCAGGACCGUCAGCAGCAACAGCUUCUGCUCAGAUGACACUGGUUGUCCUAGUAGCCAGUCAGUAUCUCCAGUUAAGACUCCUUCUGAUGCUGGAAACAGUCCAAUCAGUUUUUGCACUGGUAGCGAUGGAGACUUCACCAGAAAGAAGUUUCAUGCAGGGACAAUGAGUGAAGGAAACCUGCAGGUGGCUCGAUACAAGAAGGAGACAAAGACAAGCCUUGUGAAGCCCGGGAGUGAAGCUGAUUUUAGCUCUUCAAGCAGCACAGGCAGUAUUUCAGCUCCUGAAGUCCAUAUGUCUGCUGCUGGAAGCAAAAGAUCUUCUUUUUCUCGCAAUCGUGGCUCUUAUGGUCGGAAUAAUGGAUCCUCAUCCUACAAGCCUGGAGGCAGCCCACCUACUUCCCGCGAAAAGGACCUUUUGCCAACACUGUGCAGAAAUCAGCUGAGUCCUGUUAACAUUCACCAGAAUUACGGGGCUUCUUCUGCCAGUAGCAGUAACUCAGGCUCGUACAAAGGAAGUGACAGCAGCCCAGUAAUGAGGCGCUCAGUGAGAUACACAUCUUGUGGUGAGAAUCAUGGCAUUAAGCCACCAAAUCCAGAGCAGUAUUUGACUCCUCUGCAGCAGAAAGAGGUUACAGUACGACAUUUAAAAACAAAGUUGAAGGAAUCUGAGAGCAAACUUCAAGAAAGGGAAACAGAAAUAGAAGAGCUCAAGGCUCAGCUGGGACGCAUGAGGGAAGACUGGAUUGAAGAAGAGUGUCAUCGUGUGGAGGCACAGCUGGCCUUAAAGGAAGCAAGAAAGGAAAUUAAACAACUCAAGCAGGUUAUUGAAACCAUGAAAAACAGCUUGGCUGAGAAGGACAAAGGGAUUCAGAAAUAUUUCAUAGACAUAAACAUUCAAAACAAGAAACUGGAGUCUUUGCUUCAGAGCAUGGAGAUGGCACAGAGCGGCUCGCUGAGGGACGAGCAGUGUCUGGAGUACAGGUGUGGCUCGCCAGGGAAGUCGUUAGCGCUGUAUUCCAAAAUGUCAGACAGCCAAGUUGCAGAGGACCAAGUGCUGGAGGAGAUGGCAGAUAGUGGGCUGCUUCUUAGUGAAGACACAGCUAACGGGACUGACUCAUUUGAAGAGAGUUUGACCACCACAACUUCUGACUUGGGGGAUCCAGCUCCCUUCAGUUCUGUGGUGAAUCAAGAGAUAUUUGAAAAUGUUCUUGAUGAAAAACUAAUUUCUUCCCCAGAAGAGGAGGAAAGCAGCAGCAACAUGCUGGUGGAACAGGCCAUCCAGACUGAUGUAGUGCCAUAUAGUCUGGAUGUGGAGCAGCUCAUUCAAAAUAUCUUCAGAUCUCAAGAUAGCAGUCCAUUAAGCCCACCUUCCGUAUUAAAGGAAUUGGAUGAAUUUCCUUCUGGAUGCUUCAGUGAUUCCGGUGUAGUACUAGACUUAACUCCAAGUGAUCCAAACUCUGCCAUUCUUUUGUCUCCCAUGGAGUCUCCGUGCAGCAAAGUGGAUUGCGGAGCUAAUGAAAACCGUGUCAUGAAAGAACUUGAUUUUGCAGACCCUCAUGAUGAAGCUUUUGGGUAUGUCAAUACUUUCUCUCAGACAGGAAUUGUGAAGAGAUACUGGAGUAGCAGUCUCCUUGUAGAUUUUCUAGCUGUAGCAGCUCCUGUUGUACCAACCAUCAUGUGGGCAUUCAGUACUCAGAGAGGAGGAACAGAUCCCAUUUAUAAUAUCGGAGCAUUGCUUCGUGGCUGCUGCUUGGUGGCCCUGCACUCUUUACGUCGUACACCCUUCAAUAUCAAAACCUAAAUUCUACUCUAUUACUGGGCACCAAUUGGCUGAGGCAGAGGGAAAGAAGGUUGAGAGAGUUUAUAAAAAGAUACUGUAUUUUAUGGCAGAGUUCAUCAUUUUGCUCUUGACUAUUUGAUUUGCACUAUAAAUUGGUUUGAAACAUGUUCCUUGUUUCAAAAUAGAGAAGCUGAACCCUGUAGUUCCACAAGAUGUUUCUAACUGGCACAGGCUAGUACCGCUGCCUGCAGAAAGUCCUGCCUGCUCCCAGCCAGCGUGUCCCUCCCCUCUGCUGGUGUCUUCCGUGUUCCACCACAUCUGCACAGUGAAAAAUGAUCAGGGAAACGAAGGAGAAUUACAGCUAGCACUCUUUUGUGUUUGCUUGCUGAAUUAAAGGUCCAUCGGUUUCCCUGGCUGUUUCACUGAGCAAGUGUACAGAGGCACCAUGCUGGCUCAAGGAUGCGUAAAGGAACAAAUGGCCAGCGAGAGCGGGAGCUUUCCUUAGGCGGCACUGACCUAAAACAUUUGUGAAACUACAGAGUUGAGUGACAGGGAGGCUUGUUCCACUAAGUGUAUCACACGUGUACUCUUGAAAGCAUGCUAGCGCUUUCCAUUUGUAGUCUGAAUUGUCAAUUCAGUUUAGAAAAUUCGUAUUUCCAAGGCAGCUUCCAGCACUUAGCUUAUGCCUGUCUCGUGUAGUGCUCCUUUAAAUUCCGCAGUCGCUCGAGCAUUCCACUGGUCUUGUGCGCAUAAGGGGACUGUAACCAAAAAUGUAAGUUGUUGGGAGUCUUGAAUUUGUUACAAUGAUAAAUGUGGAUGUGGAUACACUUUGAAUAUUAAUGUCGUUUUAAGGUCUUAAAUGUAUUGGAACCUGAUAGUCAUUUGAGCCCUGUGAAAUACUCUGUAUAAAUGUAUUGUGUAUUAACUUAUUGGUUAUUUAAUUGCUUUAUUGUAAAUUACCUUUAUAAUCACAAAUACAGUAAGCAUGUUAAGAACAUGGGAGUAUUUUAUUGUAGUUUAUUGUAGCAAAAGCAAAAAAGAAUAUUCUUUUUCCAAGGGGGGAUACCACACAGGCACACACAAAGCAGGAGGAGGAACUGUAUGGGGACAUAAAGAACUGUCAGUACCCUGAGAACAGAAUUAGAUGGAGAAAACAUAAUUAUGGCUUCAAGUGGAAGCAGUCAGCAAGGAAAAAGGCUCCGUGCUGGCUGCAAAGCCACAGCCACCCCUUCUGCCACUCCCACGUUGUGCAUUAGCAGAUUUAAGCGACCUAAUCCUUAACCUGGCACAAUCUCCUGGAGACCUGUAGGUUUUUAUUUCUGCACUCCCAGGAGGGUAUCAGUCUUCCUGGCAUUUAAGAAAAAUGCAGAAAGCCUUUUUAACAUAGCUGAGUCAUGCAAUCUCAGUAUGUACUCUGAGAUGUACUGUGGCCAUUAAAGUACAGAUUCUCCAUGUCCAAAACUUGAGAUCUGUGCAUAGAUCAGAGGAGGGCAACAUGACAGAGAGAUGAUGAUAAUCCAGUUAAUCUGGCUCCACACAGACUCUAACUUCACUCUCCUCCUUGCAGCAAAGCAAGUGUAACAUUCCCCUGUGCAGCACAGGGCAGGCAGCCUACUGUGCAGCCUGACAGUGCUCAUGUGUUGCUUUGCAGCUCUUGGAAGCAAGGGAGUUACUAGUAAACUACAAAGGAGCAGGAAUAACUGGCCAGCGUGCUGGGAGUAUUUACAGCACUCAAGAGGGCGAUAUAUACAGAUGCUUACAGGAGUGUAUUAGUGGUCUUUUACAUCCCUAUGAUAGUUGUGUUCUGAAAUACUUGUGCUUGCAACAAAGAUUUAAGUGGGUUCUUUAAGGAUUAUAGUAAGGAAAUCUAGCAGACUAUUCGAUGUACGACUGCAUGAGUCCAUGAAGACAGUCAUGAGGGCGUUCUGCCCUCUUUGCCUUACCACCUUCUUUGAUGCGCUCAUGCACAGUUGGGUCCCUGCUGGCUAGUUUACUUUAUACCACUGCCACAAUGUAUGGGUAUGCAAAGGUCCCCAUUGCUUUAAAGAGAUGCUUUGUUAAAUUUUCUUC